GUAUGGCGCCCCUUUUCUGUAUGUCGGUGCAUACAUAAGAUUCGCUGAUAACGGCUAGUUACUAUAGUAUCUGAGGAUGCCAAAGUCUUUCCGCUAUGAUGUCUGUGAUGACCGUUUGACCGCGCGUCAGUAUGACUACAAUAGCAGUGCUUAUGAAGACUCUUGCAAGGUUCAAAAUGAAUAUCCCAGAAAACACAAAAAACAUUCUCAUCAUUCCAAGGAACAUGGGCCCCAUACGUCCAAGUAUUCCAGUCAUAAACCUAAGAAAAUAGAUGACUGGUCUCCGGAAAAUUCUCCAGACAACAUCCAUAAAAAAAAGAAAAAGCACAAAAAGCGUUCGCGCAGCCACAGUAGCGACAAACGUAUCCACGCAUCAAGACACCAUUCACCGGACUGUACGGAUAUUGAUGCCUUCAAAUUCCGUUCUAGUCUAAUGUCAGAACUUUCAAAGCACCAUAACUUCAAAGAAAAAAUUCUGAAGGUCAAGAAUGCUACUGAAACAUCUAAUGUGGAUGAUCCACACCAACCUCCCGCCGAAAAGGACAUGAACCAGUUCAAUGAAAUAUGCUCUAAUACUCCUCGUGUCGACUCUUCCAUUCCAUUAGAUGAGAUAGCUUUACCACCUGAACCUAUUACAAAGCCAUUCUUGACAAACCCGGUUGCUCCAUCUACAGUCAGUACACCAUCGAUAAAAGAUGUGCGUGAAGUACACAAUACAGACAUUACUUCUUCACAGACUCAUAAUUCAAGCGUAAUGACUCCGAAGUUACCGAAAACACAUCAAGUGCAUAUUCAUGUAGAUACACCAUCUGAACAUAGAAAGCCCUCAAUUACUGAGCUUCCACUGCCCCCUGGUUUUGACAGCAAAAAUUUAGAGUCUAUUUUUCCUGACAAGUCACCUAUGCAUCCAGUUACUGUUCCAUCGACAAAACCGCCUACCAGACAAAGGAUAACAAGACGACCCAAAAUUUGUUCACUUCGUAGCAAAAGUCGUAAUAAUAAAACGUGGGGUGAGCGUUCUGUGACGGCUUUUGACACAUUAGUUCAAGUUGGUGAGGGUACAUACGGUCACGUGUAUAAAGCAAGAGAUAAAAUUACUGGUGAAUACAAAGCACUAAAAAAAGUAAGAUUAGAAAAUGAAAGAGAAGGAUUCCCUAUAACCGCUGUCCGUGAAAUAAAAAUACUCCGUCAGCUUAGACACCCAAAUAUUGUAAAUUUAUGUGAAAUUGUUACAGACAAAACCGAUCCUACUGAUUUCAAAGAGGAUAAAGGUGCAUUUUUCUUAGUUUUUGAUUACAUGGAUCAUGAUCUUUACGGUAUCCUGGAGUCUGGGUUAGUGACGUUUAGUGAACAGCAUAUUGCCUCCUUAAUGAAACAACUUUUGGAUGGGCUCAGUUUCUGUCAUGAUAGACACUUCCUCCAUCGUGAUAUUAAAUGUUCUAACAUUCUAAUCAAUAACAGAGGGCAGUUAAAAUUAGCAGAUUUUGGAUUGGCACGUUUGUAUAUUGCUGGUGACAAGGAAAGACCAUAUACAAAUAAAGUAAUUACUUUAUGGUACCGGCCUCCAGAGUUACUUCUCGGUGAAGAACGAUAUGGCCCAGCUGUCGAUAUAUGGUCGUGCGGGUAACAUAUGAAAAAGUUACGACAUUUAACUGUUUCAGUUGUAUUUUAGGCGAAAUGUUCACUCGUCGACCAAUGUUUCAGGCCAGUGAAGAAGUUGAACAGCUGGAAGUUAUAUCACGAAUAUGUGGAUUUCCGGAUCCAGCUAUAUGGCCUAACGUUGAGAAACUGCCGUUUUAUUCAACGAUGAAACCGAAACGAAUGUAUAGACGCCGACUGCGUGAAGAAUAUCAUAUUAUUCCACCUCAGGCUGUUGAUCUCCUGGACCAUAUGUUACAAUUAGAUCCUCAGAGAAGGUGCAGCGCUCACGAGGCCCUAGCAUCACCGUGGUUACGGAAUGUUGACUCGACUAAAAUUACUCCGCCAAGGCAAGAUAUUUUUAACUUCUCACCUUCCUUAGAUUGCCUGUCGACCAGGAUUGUCAUGAAAUGUGGAGUAAAAAGAGGCGGCGUAUGUUGCGUCAAGAGCAAGAGUUGAAAGCUCAGAGAAUCGGACAAGAACCAGUCCCUUCUAAGCUUCCAAUCGUCACAUCCCGUGGUGCUAUUUCAGAUAUGAAAUCGGUUCCACGUCAAGCCAAUGGACCCUGUCAAAAUCCUACAUAUUCUGUAGCCAGUAGACCGGAGUCAACUAAACAGUGCAUUCCGACCCAACUCACUGGUGAUGGAUUUUCAGGCAGUGGUCUCAACACUACGCAACAGGCCAACCCUCAAAUCCUUAGUAAUUCAUCAAAUCCCAGUGAUACGCUUAAAAAUCAGCUACGAGAUCUUUUAGCUGAUUUUGAAGAUUCUGGUGUAGAACGCUUCAAAGAAUCAAUCACUGAGGCUUUGAAAGCAAAUCCUAAUUUAUUACGCGGUAUGCAAGAAUUAUUAGGUCCUAGUGAUCCUAGUGAGAAUGCAUCAGCUGUGCUUGCUUACAUUUUAUCAUUAAUAGCCGAUGUAAGCAAUCAAGGAUCUAGUGUUAUGGAAACGAGUGAUGCUAGUAUACAGACAGCCUCUUCACAAAUUCAUCCUAUACAGCAUUUUUCUCACGAUUCAAAUGUUAAUAAUAAUAAUAAUAGUAAUAAUAAUCAACUCACGUGACAUUAUUAUUAUCACUACUACAGUUCUUUCUCUGAAAAUCCCAGUUCCAGCUGGUCUUUGAGUCAAAUCUUCUAGGUGCAUUAUAUACAUAUUUUUCAAAUCAAAACUUUGUUGUAUCUACACUGUAAAAAAUGAAAUGAAAUACUUUGUUUCUGUUUUUUUUGUUUAUCUAAAUGAUAUAUGGGGUGUUACAAAAGAGAAUAAUAAUGUAGAUAUAUAUAUGAAAACUGAUACUUGUGAUAGAUAAUAUUUUGAAAUUUAAUUUUUUUUAUACAAAUGAAUGAAUUGUCAAUGCACAUAUAUAUGUAUGUAUG